AGAAGAUUUUGUACACUGAGGACGUCUACUGCCCCCUUGAUUGAAAGAAGAAGGCUGCCUUUCUUUACUUCUUGGAAUUCCUCUGGCUUGCGCUAGCAACAAAGGACCCCUGAUCGAGACCCUAGUACCCUAUGUCGGGUGCAGCUCCAGGUCGUUUGCCCUAUUUUGUUUUACAAUGUUUGACUGUGUGACUCUGUGAGAGAUCCCUAUAAUAGGCUAUAUCACUACUGUACUAUUUCUCCGACUCAGUCCUUCUUCCGUACUAACCCGGAGUCUCAUUCUGGCCGAUACGAAUACGACUACAAUGUAAUUUCAUACAGUAACUAGCAGUGUGUCAUUAUGGAUCGGGGAAAGAAAAGGAAACGGCCAGUCAAUGGAUGGGAGGAGCAGGGUGGAUAUAUGAAUGCAAAGAUUCAGAAACUCCAGCAGCAGUAUGACAAGGGUGAACACUUGCAAGUCAAUGAUGCAGUGCAGAGUGACAUGUUUGCUGGUGUUAUCAUCCACGUCAACGGCUAUACUGACCCAUCAUCUGAUGAGCUGAAGAGGUUGAUUCACAUGCACGGUGGCGGUUAUCAACAUUAUUACCGAAAGACCAGAGUUACACACGUCAUUGCAACCAACCUGACGGACACCAAGAUCAAGGCACUGAAAGGUGAAUUGAUUGUCCUGCCAGAUUGGAUCACGGAAAGCAUUGACGCUGGAAAGCGCCUGGACGUGAAGCCCUACUUGCUGUACGAUCAGCCGAUAACACAGAGGACAAUCAGCUUUCCUCAGGCUGUGAGUCCAAGGCAACAGCUGUCAACUGGGAGCAAGAUACGGGCAUCCACUGUGACUGAUAGUGACAGUGUCGGUGCUUGUGAGACAAUCACAAGUGAGAAACUAAACGAUCUUGCAAGCAGCUCUGCUCUUACUGAAGAGGAUAUUGAUUUGGACAGUUUGGAGGAGACUGGUGCUAGUGGUGGAGGAGAUGGUGCUGCUGAUGAUCUUCCCAUGGAUGAUGGUUGGGAUGAAGAUGCUAGUGAUGGUGAGGCACAAGACAUUGGAAAUUCUGAUGGGUAUCUGCUUUCUAAUCAGCCCGAUCAUUCGUCUGGGGAGGCUGCCUCGCAAGACAAAUCUCAGCAGACGUGCCCAAAACUCUCCGACGGUAUGGGGCACGAGCAGCUUGCAAAGACUUCGACUCACCCGGCUCUAAAAGCGGGAGAAAGGGGCUUUGUUGCUGAGUUUUACGGACAUUCUCGUCUGCAUCACUUGUCAACAUGGGGUGCAGAGCUGCGCAAGUUCACCUCCAUGCUAUCAAACAAACCAGCGUCACGAGGACUAGAGUGGAGAAAGCAGCAUCCAGCCACGGGAAGUCGUUCUCGCCAGAGAACCGUAAUGCAUGUCGACAUGGACUGCUUUUUCGUGGCGAUUUCCUUACGCAACUUUCCACAGCAUGUUGGAAAGCCGGUUGCCGUUACUCACGGGUCCAUUCCCAAGGGUUCGGCAAGUAACGCAGUAGACAGUCAACAAUCAUCUGCAGGUGGUUCUGCUGGUGAACUUGAACACCCUGCUGUGAUCGCCACCAUUGGAGAAUCAUCACUUGCCAGCAACUCAACGACUGCGGAUCUCUGUGAUCGUCAGCCAAUUGCUUCUACAUCAACCAGUACUGCUGCGCAUGUGCCUUCUUCUACAUCAGCAUCAAGAAGAGUAUCAGCGCCAGCUGCAGCACGUGACGGAGGGGCAUUUUCAAUGCCCGGCCCCGGAUCGAGCGCAGACAUUGCGUCCUGCAGCUAUGAAGCACGUGCCCGCGGUGUAAAGAACGGCAUGUGGCUGACGCGUGCCGUGGAGCUGUGUCCUGACCUGGUCACUGUGCCGUACGACUUUGCAGCGUAUCGUGUAGCAUCACAGUCCCUUUAUCAGGUCCUCACCAGCUUCAGUCGCACUAUAGAAGCUGUUAGUUGUGACGAAGCCUUUAUCGACGUGUCCAGUCUGGUGCAUACCGAUGAAGAAGCCAAACUCCUAGCGGAGGACAUCAGGAAAGCUAUCCUGGAUGCUACUGGUGUCAUGGCGUCAGCUGGCAUAGCAAGCAAUGUGCUACUGGCCCGCAUGGCUACUCGCCUUGGCAAGCCCAACGGCCAGUACUUGGUAACUGAGCCUGAAGUGCUGGAGUUCAUCGGCAAACAGGACGUGGGCAAGCUCCCUGGUGUUGGCCAUGCUACAACCCGUCAGCUUGCUUCAAUGGGCGUUGAGACAUGCCUUGAUCUCCGCAAGCUGUCGUUGUCGGUCCUGAAGGAACAAUUUGGUCCCAAGACGGGACUGCUGCUGUGGGAUCAUGCUCGUGGCAAGGAUGACAGGGAGUUGCGGGUGACACGAGAGCGAAAAUCAAUCUCAGCUGAAAUCAACUAUGGCAUGAGAUUUAAACAGAAAAGUGAUGUGGAGAAGUUUGUGAUGGAGCUUUCGAAUGAAUUGGAGCAGCGCAUGGCCUCAUGCCAAAUGAAAGGCCAGCACUUGUGCCUGAAGAUGAAGGUUCGGAAGCCCACCGCUCCCAAGGAGAGUAGGAAGCACAUGGGACAUGGCCUCUGUGAUAAUUUGACCAAGUCUAUGUCAUUGCCAUCGGCUGUGUCGGACUCCGCUGCCAUUCGUCGCUUUGUGUGGACGCUGAUUGAGCAGCUGAAGGUUGACUACUGUGACAUCAGAGGGAUGGGAAUACAGAUGCAGAAGCUUGUUUCAACUGAGAAAGUCGCCAAGUCUGCCACCGCUCCUAUCCGUGCUUUCUUCUCUUCAACGACGUCGAAAACCUUGCAAACUGCUGCCAGCGCCAGUAGUGUUCGAUUACCUAUGGCGUCACAUGUGGCGGCAGCCACUACGCGUGUAUCUCCUGAGAGCAUAAGGUCAAAGUCACUCCGGCAAACACCAUCCUCUGUUCCUGCACAUGCUGCUGCUGCUGCCACUGCUACUGCUGUCACCCCCACUGCUGCUGCCACUAGUACGUUGACAGGAGAAUUUGCAGAUUCCACUGAGGAAAGAGUUGGCCACACACCUAUUUCAUCUGCUGGUAGACAUGUUCCGGAGGCAGCCAUGCCUUUUGUAGUCACUCCAACUCAACCGCCACUGCCAUUCCUCCCGACACAGUCAGCAUAUAGAUCUGGCUGCCUGCCACGUGCUGCACACUCGAAGUCGAGCGCUGCUUCGUUUGCAGACAAGAUCUCCGCAGUUGUGCCUAGGAAUUCAUCGGCAUCAUCAACAUCCGUGGUGGAGAUCAAAGAUGAUUCUGAUCUUGCGCUGUCCGCAGCUAGUGGCUCAACGGCCACUGGCCAAUCCGACCUUGCAUUGCCUGCACACGAAGAUCUGGAUGAGUCAGUCCUGGCUGCUCUACCUGAUAGCAUUCGUCGGGAUAUUGAACUCGCAUACAAGCAACAACGGGGUAGUGCUUCUAAUGCCACUGCAGCAAGUGUGCAGGCUGAAAAACUUUCCCACAGUGACCUCUUCCCCACGACAUCUCAGUUAGAUCGAAAUGUCUUAGCUGCACUGCCCCCUGCACUACGUGCCGAAGUCAUGUAUGAUCAAAGAAACUACCGCAGACAGCAAGCCAGCACACGAGACCAGCAUCAUCACCAACAACAGCCACAACUACCCAAGUCAAGAGUGCAACAGAAGCCAAAAUCUAUUCCACAACAGCCUGCUGUGGAUCCUAAACAGACCACUAUCCCCACUGCUCCUUCAACAAGAAGCAAGUAUCAUAUUGAGUCGACGGCGGAAAGGCAGAUGCACCUAUUUGCAGAACCGGUAUCGACGGAAUCCUGCAGCACCUCAAAGACGUAUACACUGGUUGCAGAGCUGAAGGGUGAAUGUGAACUGCCAAAAGUGAAACGAAUCCUCAAGGAAUGGGUGCACUCCACUAAUGAGCCCGAAGCUGCAGAUGGUCUGGUACUUGCAAGGUACCUAGCAAAGCUGAUGGUAAAGUACAAUCUGCAGCAGGCCUGGCUUCUCCUGCAAGCUCUCCAAAGACUUGUUGAGGAUCUGCCAGCAUGGUACUUAGUCUUCAAUGCCAUUCUGUCACACUGCCAAGCCCAGGCUGAGCUAAAGUGGAACAGCAGAUUGCCGAUGAAGCCGUUCGGUGGCCAUGUGAAAUGAUGAAACGUUUGCGUACUCCGCGAAUAGCGUUGACGGUGUACUUGUGCAUAGUGCUUCCUCUCUUCGCUCUCUCGUUUCCAUGCUGUGUUUCUAUCGCGCUGAGUUGUCUCCUCCACUGCAGUUUCUAAUGUAUAAUGCAACCUGGAACUGCCACGUUGCCAUGAACACUUGUACAGAUGUGCAUGUGCUUCAAGUGCUUGUACAUGAUCGCUGAACUGCUGCACUUCUUACGCUUUUGAACGGUGAGUUGAGAGUUCUCUCAUUCCUUUGAUUUUUGUUUGCAAUUUGGGUAUCACUUUUCAUGUUGACCUUUUCCGAAGUAUGUUUGCUGCCCUUUCUCUAUUGGGUGUGGUAGUCAUCUUGACGCAGCUACCACGCUGUUGAUGCAUAAACGAACAGUCACGCUGGCUUACUUUUUAGUAUAUACUGCAGGCCGGUAAAUUCUGCAUUAUUUUUUAGCUUGGACCAGAAUCAACUCUGAUCGUUUUCGUGGUCAAAGAUGUUGCAUGCGUGCAUUCGUGUGUUUGACGUGUGAUAAGUGGCA